CACGAGCAGUCUACCGCUGGUGUCGGAGCGCAAAAGCAGAACCGAGCGAAUCCGUCCCGCACGCAACAACCAUCACCACCGCCACCGCGCGCACCAUCGAACACCACACGAACCACCACGUCGUUGCGCUCCUCCUUAGUCGGCGGUGCGUUAUUUUUAGUUUCCGCGCGUCGAUUCUGUGCCCGCCCGCUGCCGCCCCUGCUCGCAUCACUUAGCUCCGAGAAUAUGGUAUCUAGAUUAAGCGGCAAUGCUGGAAUUUCGGUGAUCUUCCUCGAUCUCGACAACACGUUGAUUCAGACGAGAAAGGCCGACAAGUUGGCUUGUAAUAAGGUGUCAAUCUAGGUUGUCAUGACAAAUUGAGAUGCGUCAGAACGGUACUUCUGAAAAUUUUCCACUCGCGAAUUGCGACCACGCAUAGCGCACACAUUACGGACCUGCGCAACGAAUCAGCUGACACGAGGAUCGCGAGGCGCACGCUCAUAACCUACAAUUCGCGUCCGUAAACGUCCGCCAACGUAGAUCCGCACACAAAACGCGUGAAAAACACCGUAUGCAUCUGGCACUAAUAACAUGCAAGACACUGUCAACACAGCAUGUGCACCCAAACACUGGUUUAUUUCCAUGACGAUGUGUAUUUCUUGCAAUAAAUCCUGUUGAUUCAGAUGCUAACACGCGUGGAUCUCAAUCGAAUCUUCUUCUCUCACUAGUGAGAAACCAGUAUAUGUGUGUCAGUUAGUGCGCAAGUGUAUAGAGUGCGCGCGGUAAGUCAGUGACUUGUUUCUAAAUUUAAACUCGCCGCGCGCGUAUGAAACCGAUCCAAAAAUCUUUUUACCUAUUUUGGAAGACGCGCAGUGUGAAUACGCUAAAAAUAACACGCGACGGCGGCGGCGUCGCUAAGAAACUCUGCCACAUCUCCGUACGCAGCUUCAGUAUUCAUCCCCGUGCCGGCGCGUCGUGAAGUAGUAGUGAUCAUGGCUCAGAUAUCGGACGCGGUGAAAAAGUGCAUCGCCAUUUUACAAAAUGCAACCAGCGAUACAGAAAAGUUUGCUGCGUUGUUCAUGGUGACCAAAUUGGUAAAGGGCAAGGAUUGUACUACCCCCGCCAAGAAGGCCAUCUUUGAAGCAAUCGGUUUCCAGUUCUUGAAACGAUUGCUUCUUACCGGAGAUGUGCCGAUCGAUUGCCCGCCUACGAUCUACAAAUCGGUUGCUCUUUCCAUCCUCACGUGCUUCUGCAACGAGCCGGAGCUAGCCACCCAUCCGGAUAUGUUGGCAAACAUUCCGGUCUUUCUCGACAUCGUGCAACAAGCAGAUACUGAAGACUAUGACGACAGUCUGAUCAUUAUUGGUGAAGCCUACGGAUGUUUAAAGAGUAUCGCGUCUUUUGAGGCUGGGCAGAAGGCCCUGUUUGAUAUCGGCGCCAUUGGUAAAAUGACUGAAAUUUACUCACAGCAGAGUUUCCAGACAGAUGAAGCUCUGAAUAUUUUGGUGGUCCUGGUGAGCAAAUUCGGAUCUGCAUCCUGGGACAAAGCUAACCCAAAAGGGUUCCACACUAUCAUCAACAAGAUUGCUCUUGAUUUUGAGACUGAUCAAGAUGAGCGGAAAUUUGAGCUGUGCGCCAUCUUGAAUGCAUUGCUCUAUAACUGUCACAGGAAGGGUAUAGCCGAAUCGGCUGGUGCGGAAUCAUGGCCGACCAGUGUUUACAAAGGACUCUUUGAUAUUCUCACUAGUAAAAUUGGUAAGAAACAAAGAGAUCCUGCUUUGAUCCUUGCGUCCACCAUGUUGGACCUGCUUGGAGCUGAAUGGACAUUAACGGAUGAAGAAAAGGGUAAACAAUUUUUAUUACUUUUGGUACAAUUAUCAGCUGUAGAAGUCAGAAUGCAACUCGAGGGUAAAAUGUUAAAUCAGGCCUAUGCCCAAGCGAAUCUCAUCACUGGAUGCUUCCUAAUGUUGGAGAUUUUGAUGAAUUACAUUGCCACAGACCAACUGGAUUUGGAACAGAAAGAAAAGCAAACUCUUUAUACUGGUUUAAAAGGUGCAUUUUCGGCCGUUAUCAGUUUCCUCACAAAGGUGUCCAAUGACAAGAACAGCAACAAUUUGGAACCCAAUCAAAAGUUGUUUAUCUGCGGUACAGUGAGAGUUCUUGCGGCUUGGUUAGCUCAAGAAACUUCCGCAAUGCGCCCACAGGUCUACCAACUUUUGCCUUAUAUACUGGGUCUUGCCAAUGAGACUUUCCGAGCAUGCAAAGCACGUAGACUUGCAGAGAAAGCGGGAACACCUAUUGAAGGCGAUGAUCCUCUUAGUCGUUUCGAUGUCCUGAGGAUUUUACUUCCUGCGAUGUGCCAUUUGACUGUUGAAGAUGACGCUAGGAAGAUUAUGCUCAAAGCGGGACAGGAUAAAGUUCUCUAUGACUGCUUCGAAUAUCAUUGGUCGAUUGUUCAUUAUAAGCGCCCGCCUGUACCACGAAGCGAGCGCUUGAAGGUUCUUGCUAAUCCGACCAUUACUUUCACCCCUGAAAUGUUGGAGGAUAUGCAGGACUCUCGUACGGCCAUGAUCAGCAUGUGCAAUAUUUUGAUGAACAUCACCGUUUUGGAACCCAAGUAUAUUGAAGAGAGCGAAGUCUUUAAUAACCUAAUGAAGUUUAUAUUUGAGAAUCUCCCAGAAUUAAAGGAUAUACAUGAAAAUCUACCCCUCCAUGGAAACCUUGCAAUUCUUGGUCUUUUACUCAUGAAGCAGCAGAAUAAAAAAAUCAAAAAGAACGAUUUCUCCAUCUGCCGGUAUAUCCAAGCGACAAUAAGAUGGCUUUGGGAUGCAUAUGUAGUCGACGAGUCUAGUGAUACUGGUCUCGUUGUAGCAAUGAACUACAAGGAGGCUUGGCAGGAGAUAACUGAAUUAUGGUUCCUUGGAAUGCAGACCAUGAGUUCAGUGCUUGCUGCAGUUCCAUGGAUUUCCGAAUUCGCCAUUGAAAGCGGCUGGGCCGAGGGCAUCAUUGAAGCGUUGAAAAAAGUCAAGAUCGGCCAACUUCCGCCGAAUGUGAAGUCGGCGUACGAGGACUUCCUCUGCCGCCUCACCGACGCCAACGAGAACGUUGCCGAGGUGCUCAAAAAGGCUGACGCGCUCAAAGCGUGCCGAAACCAUCGGCUCAUGGAGCUGGGCAAAAAACUCUUCGGGGACUAGUUGCGCCAGCGUCGUUAAAGUUAAUUGUAUUUAAUAAUGCGCUUUUCGCCACCGCACACGUUUACUAAAUGUCAGUGUGUCGGGCGCGACUUAACCGCAGAUUGCAUACGGUAAUGAAUCGAAUAUUAAUAAUGUUAACUUUUAGCGUUUAGCUUUUUAUACACCACAAUUAGAAAUGUUUUUUUCUGCGAGCGAAUGUAUGUUUUUAUGCUGAAUUAUACAAAACACACUGUAUUUUA